GACGCAGCGCCCACACCGGACGCGCCACACAGAGGAGAGGGGAAAAAUGGCGAAUCUCGUGGAGGCGACAACAAAUCAGCAGUUUGAAGAUAUCUUAGCCAAAGCUGGAAAAUGCCUAAGCGUGGUGCAUUUCCAGGCGGCAUGGGCUCCCCAGUGCGUCCAGAUGAACGAAGUGAUGGCCGAGCUGGCGAAGGAGCACACGCACACCACUUUUGUCAAACUGGAGGCGGAAGCAGUGCCAGAGGUGUCGGAGAAGUAUGAAAUCGCUGCUGUUCCCACUUUCCUUUUCUUCAAGGGAGGGGAGAAAGUGGACCACUUGGACGGGGCCGAUGCCCCGGAGCUGACCAAGAAGGUGCAGCGCUUGGCUGUCACCGGGAGUCCGGGUGCAGCUGCAGAAAGCGGCGCCGCAGACCUGAACCAGCGGCUCAAGAAGUUGAUCAACGCGGCGCCCUGCAUGCUGUUCAUGAAGGGGUCCGCGCAGGAGCCCCGCUGCGGCUUCAGCCGACAGAUAGUGAGCCUCCUGAAGGAGCACAGCAUCCAGUUCAGCAGCUUCGACAUCCUGUCCGACGAGGAGGUCCGACAGGGGCUGAAGACCUACUCUAACUGGCCCACCUACCCUCAACUUUAUGCGAAUGGAGAGCUGGUGGGAGGACUGGACAUAGUGAAGGAGCUGGCUGAGACAGGGGAGCUGGAGAACACCUGCCCGAAGGCUGUCACCUUGGAGCACCGUCUGAAGACCAUCAUCAACCAGAGCCCAGUCAUGCUGUUCAUGAAGGGCAACAAGGAGGCUGCAAGAUGUGGCUUCAGCAGGCAGACACUGGAGAUAUUGAACGCCACCAGCGUGGAUUAUGACACCUUUGAUAUUCUGCAGGAUGAAGAAGUGCGUCAGGGGCUCAAGACCUAUUCUAACUGGCCAACUUACCCCCAGCUCUACGUGAAAGGAGACCUGAUCGGAGGGUUGGACAUAAUCAAGGAGCUGAAGGAGAGUGGAGACCUGGUAUCAGUGCUGAAGGGGGACUCUUAGGUGGAUCUGCCAUGCCAUCAGAGAGAGGGAACAAGAGGCCACUGCACAUGUGUCACUGAUGCAACAUUGCACAGAGGGCCAGGCAGAGACAGGAAACAUUUAGAGAAAUAUUAGAUUUAAUAAUCAAAUAGUUUCACAUAUAACCAAACAGCUGUAACAUCUGGAUAAGUUCAAGUUCAACCCAAAGUCAAAAAUGAAAUGGCAGUUAAUGAUAAUUUACUUUUUGUUUUCAUUUUUGAAGUUUAGCUCUGGAUGUUUUAAGUUAAGCAACCCCUGUGCUUGGCCAAAUGUUAUAAAUCCAUUGUCUUGACUCUACUGAGAACAUGAAUUUAGCUCUGUAGUUCAUAUUCUCUGGUGUUUUGGGGUUCACAUCUACCCUUCCAGUAUUCACAGCCUCACACUUCAGAACAGGUUUAUAUUUGGUGAAGCCUCUGGCUUUUCAUGCCGUCCUGUCAACACUUCCUUCGCCUGAAAGACAGAGAAACUGUUCAAUUAUAUCCAAUAAUCACUCUGGUUAAAUGCUGAGAACUAAGUCUAGGUGGCACUUAUUGGUAUUUUGUUCAUUAAUAACAUAAUUAAACAAUAAAGAGAAAUGAAGAUUU